GCUUAUUUAUGAUGGACCGGGCAGUCUCUAUCAGCCCUUUGGACAAGAUACUUCCGAGACGGCCAGUGGACCAGGUACUGCCCUUACGAUCGGAGCAAGGCAUUAUCUCGGAUGAGCUGCAACAUUAUCUGAGCCUCUACUUUGUAGGCAUUUGGUGCUCACUUGUCUCCCUUGUUGGUUACGUCACCAACAUCAUCAACAUAGUGGUUUUCAUCAGGUGCUGUAAGACUUCGUAUUUUAUCUUUUAAAGUACAAUUGAAAUGUAAGAUGGGGUAAUUGAAUAGCGGCAUUCAGUAGAGUCAAAAAGAGCGUUUGAUCUGACUAAGAUGUAACCAGCGCCAGAUGGAGAAUGUUGGAAUGAAAUGUGUGGAUUUUAUGUGCACACGACUGUGUCCUAUAUCUUGUACUAUUAGUAUUAUUCUCAGGUGUUCUUAUAUGAAGAUGAACAAGGACGAGGUUAAGACGAGGUUAUUUUGUUUUAAAGGGAGGAAAAAUUGCGCAAUUCGUCAGGCUCACUAUCUCGUCUUUUCCUAGUUUGAUCCAAUGACAAGACACGGAUGAGCAAUGGCAAGACUUUGUCAAGACGACUGGGAGAUGGGCCAGGAUGGAGUGGAUGACCAAACGCAAGACUUUUUCAAGACGACUGGGCGAUGGUCCAGGGUCCAGUGGAUGACCAAUGGCAUGACUUAGUCAAGACGACUGGGAGAUGAUCCAUGUUGCAGUGGAUGAUAGCAAUGUUUCCUGAGUCUCACUGCGAUCUUAAUGGGUUCCGCGUCGCAGUAGUUGCCGGAAUUUUUAUUGGCUGUCUGGCUGUGCGGUCAAAACAUGCCUAUUCCAAAAUUGUGGAUUGUGUUCAAUGCCCAGCAAAAACAUCUCCAACACUCCAUUAAAGAGAUGGCAUCAACAGGAUUUAUUUAAAUAAAACGUUGAACUUCAAUCAUACAAGCAACGGAAACUCUUCAAAUACCACCACAAUGUCCACGAGAAAGAUCUCUAGCUGUCUCUGGUCUUGUAGAUUUUGGCAUGUGAAUAAGCAGGAAGUAAAGGUUCGGGAAUGCCAUAAGACCACGAUUAGAACAUACCCAAAUAAGAACCAUGACGAGGACACCCAACAACGAGAAAAUACUUAUUGCCACAAGAAAUAAUCUACUUUGGAAAAGACUUCACACAUAAAUCUUGUUCUUAUUAUUAUUAUUUUUAUUGCCCCUUAGGAAAACAAAAUAGUUACAUACAUUUAACAUUUAACCAUUAAACAAAUUCAUGAAAAUUUCCCUUUCCUUGGAAUUGGAAUUUUUUUUUUUGCAUUGCAUUUACAAAUAGUUUAUAGUAUAGCGUAUAUUUAAAUCUGUGUUUACCAAUUAUGGCAAUUGAACUCAUUUCAUCGAACUUUUCAGACAAGGCCUACAAGGCAGUGCAAUCAUCUAACUAUUCUGACUCUCAAUUUAAGACAAGGCCUAUAAGACAGUGCAACCAUCUCAAUAUUAUCCCUCUCCAUUUAAGACAAGGCCUACAAGACAGUGAAACCAUCUCACUAUUAUCAGUCUUCAUUUAAGACACGUCCUGCAAGACAGUGCAACAAUCUCACUAUUAUUCCUCUCCAUUUCAGACAAGGGCUACAAGACAGUACAACCAUCUCACUAUUCUCACUCUCCAUUUCUGACUUGGGCUCAAACAUUUGUACUUUCUUCCUCGGAAUCUUCCUUGUCAUCAAAGAGAUGAACAUUUUAGUGGAGGUAAGACUGACACAUCUUCAGGUCUCUGAGUGUUACAUUCUCUUUGAUGUCACCAGAAUUGUCAACAUUUUCUCCAAUCUCAGAACAAUCUUUAGAUUAAGUAAUGUGCAAUCUGUUGAUUUCUUUAGAUUAAGUAAUGUGCAAUCUAUUGAUUUCAUUAGAUUAAGUAAUGUGGAAUCUGUUGAUUUCCUUAGAUUAAGUAAUGUGCAAUCUGUUGAUUUCAUUAGAUUAAGUAAAGUGCAAUCUGUUGAUUUUCUUUAGAUUAAGUAAUAAUAAUAAUAAUAAUAAUAAUAACGUUUAUUUGAAAAACACGCUUCAUCCACAAAAGCUCGAAGCGGGGUACAAUGUCAACCAUAUUAAAAAGAGAUAUAAAAACAAUCUAAAAUUUACCACAUUUAAAAACAGACGCAACAAUAUAAAACUACAUACGAGCAUACCCAGUCAAAGUCUUUCAUCUCGUUUCAACCAUAAGCAACACAAGCCAAUAUACAUUAACUGAAAAAGAUGGUAGAUAGCAUCACCCCAGAAGGUGUUUGCAAAAUAGAUGUGUUUUUUUAUCGGUUUUAAAUGAGUCCAGUGUUUGGCUGUUUCUGAGAGCGACUGGAAGGGCGUUCCAAAGUAAUGUGCAAUUUGUUGAUUUCAUUAGACUAACUAAUGUGCAAUCUGUUUAUUACUUUGGUUUAAUUAGUGGCGUUCAGUCUGUUGAUUAAAUUUAGUAUCAUCGAUUUAAUCAGAGUAAAUUAAACAUUUAACCAAGAUAAAUUUAAGCAAGUCCGAAACUGACAGCCAGUGAUUAGGGAUGUUGAAUCUUUAUUAAUUAAUUGAUGUGACCUUUGUUUGUAUCUGUACAAAACAUUCAAAUAUGGUAGUCAUUAAAAUCUUCUGGCCAUAUUAUUUUGAAACUUUAGAGGAUUUUUAGAUUUUUAUUGUUAUUUUUGAAUAAUGGAAACAAAACAAAUGUCAUCCCUUGAUUAUCUCCUCAGAUUGUUGACUGGCAGGACCUGAGUUAUGUCGCGUGCUGCUGGCCUAGGGCAAUGUUCAUUGACAUUUCUAUGCUCACAACUGUCUUCAUCUCCACCGAGAGGUGCCUCUGUGUCAUCCUGCCAUUUAAGGUCAAAGGUGAACUGAUUUUAAAUAUGGAACAGCCUCGAUUCCAAUACUUCAUUCAUGAUUGGUCAAAAUGGUAUUGCUGUAAAGUUUACAGUGUAAACUCUUAAUAACUGGGAGACAUUUUGUCAGGCUUGAACAUUUCGAUUAUAAAUAAUUGGACUAUAAAUAAUUGGACUAUAAAUAAUUGAAAUAACUUUAUAGCACCAGUUUUAGGGAUGUUUUCUACACAUUUUUAUAAUUCUCCAAAAAAGUCUCAUUAAAAAAAAAUAAUUGCCUUAAUUUUGAGAUUUCUAGAAAAAAAAUGCUUUAAGUGAAUUGCAUUUCUUAGAUCUGUUUUUUUUUUAUAUGCUGGAAAUGAACCAUACUUUGUAGGCAGAGCAGAGUCACAUGUUUUACAUAAAUAACGGGAAAUUAUCACAUCUAAACACACAAAAAUCUCUAAAAAAUAAUUCAAUCCCUUCUGGUAAGUUACAAUUUUGAGCCAUUGAAACAAAUUAAUCAGGUAAUUAUGAGUGUGGCUCGUUAUUGCAAUUUUUGUAAUUAGACAUUUUUGAAGUCCAUAUAAUAUGUUGUUAAAACAAUUUUCUACCUUUGCUACUAAACGACUGCAAAAUGGCUUAUCACUAAUAAUCUUAUAAAAAGUUAAAGUCAUAAUAAAAGUUAUACUAUUAUAAAUGUAACGUUUUCUAUUCCCAGGCCUUAUUACAGUUUCCAGGGCCGCCAAGAUAUUGAUCACCAUUUACCUGUUCCAAUUUUCCUGCUACAUGCCCGUCUUUGUGACCAACGGGCUGUCAUGGCAACACACCAUGAUGUACACAACGAAUCAAUCCACAAGUAACCUGAAACUAGACAUAUGGUUCGCACCAGGUCGUGUCCAGAUUGAGACCGUCAGUAACAUAUUUAACAGCAUAUCUAUCCCAACCAUCUCCUUUAUCACUGUGGUAGCCUGUACGUACGUCCUCAUCCAAGCUUUAAGGAGAUCAGCCCACUUUAGAUUACAUGCUGCAGCUUCUCAUACCUCUGCUGGAGACACUUCCCAAAGGAACGCUUUGAAAGAGAGAAAUUUGGAGAACGGAAGAGAAACAAGGCCAGCUGCAGGCCUAGAGACUUACGAGUCCAAGGACAAAGGAUAUAUUUUAUCAAGCAAAGACAGAAAGGUGGCGAAAGUGGUGACUUUUGUGGCUGUGGUUUUUAUCUUGUGCAGCAUGCCCCAGUUGAUGGUCGUUUAUGGUAGAAGGUUUCUCCCUGACCUCGACGUCAAUGGACGAUAUGAGAAUUUCAUGUGGACGGCGUUUGGGACUGGGUACAUCAUCGGUGGUAUCAAUGCUUGCAUCAAUAUGUUUAUUUAUCUCAAUUCCAGCUCUAGGUAUAAGACAGUGUUUAAUGAGAUCUUCUGUCACGGGGAUACUUAA